AUGGAUAUCGACGAGCUUGAGGUCGCAGAGAGGCCGUCGGCCAAGGCCCACGACAAUGGCGCAGUCACAGUCAAGCGCGCCAGAACCGGACUAAUCUCCAAACAAGAGCUUGAGAAGCGCAGGAAGCAUGCUCAGGCUCAGCGAGACUAUGGGCGGGGGAAACAAAUUCCGGUCAAGGGGAUCAAAGACAAGAAGCUUCGAAGAAGUUUGAAGGCGGUCGAGUCCAAGUACAAAGACGCGGCAAUCAAGGCCAAAGAUGCAGAGAUCUUGCUUGAACACACCAGUGGGUUCUUAGAGCCGGAGACAGAGCUCGAGCGAACGUACCGAGUCCGCCAAGACGAGAUCCAAGCGAGUGUGUCGACUGAGAAUCGCAACAAAAAGUUCGACUUGAAACUAGAUCAACUCGGGCCGUAUAUCUUCGAAUUCUCACGGACAGGUCGAGAAAUCCUGCUAGGAGGUCGCAAGGGCCAUGUGGCGACAAUGGACUGGCGGCAAGGCACCCUAGGCUGCGAGCUGCAAUUGGGAGAGAAAAUAAAUGAUGUACAAUGGCUUCACAAUAGCCAGUACUUUGCAGUAGCCCAAAAGAAGUACGUCUACAUAUACGACAGGCAAGGUGUGGAAUUGCAUUGUCUCAGGAAACACCGCGACGUAACAUCGAUGACUUUCCUCCCACACCACUUUCUGCUGGCUACACUGGGGCAAAGUGGUCAUCUCAAGUACCAGGACGUGUCGACCGGUCAAUUAGUGACAGAGCUACACACCAAGCUGGGGCCGCCAGUAUCGCUCGCGCAAAACCCCUAUAACGCUGUGUGUCAUGUAGGCCAUGGGAACGGCACAGUCACACUAUGGUCGCCUAACUCAACAGAACCACUGGUAAAACUGCUCGCGCAUAAUGGGCCUGUACGGUCAAUCGCCGUGGACCGAGAAGGCCGAUACAUGGUUUCAACAGGACAGGAUCGGAAAAUGGCAGUUUGGGACAUCAGGAUGUUCAAGCAAGUGAACAGUUACUUCAACCGUGCGCCUGCUUCUUCUGUCGCCAUUUCCGAUACAGGCUUGACUUCAGUAGGAUGGAACACGAGCGUCACCAUCUGGAAGGAUCUUUUCCAAAAAAACAAAGCAGACCAAGAGAAGGUGCAAAGUCCGUACAUGACUUGGGGCGGUGAAGGGAAUGCGGUCGAAAGAGUCAGAUGGUGUCCAUUUGAGGAUUCUCUCGGAAUCUCUCAUGAUUCCGGUUACAGUUCCAUUAUUGUUCCGGGAGCUGCCGAGGCCAACUACGACGCGCUCGAGGUCAAUCCUCUCGAAACCGCCAAACAACGACAAGAAACCGAGGUCAGGAGCUUACUCAACAAGCUACAGCCAGAGAUGAUUGCUUUGGAUCCCAACUUCAUCGGUAACUUAGAUCUGCGUUCCGAGCAGCAGCGCAAGGCAGAGAAGGACUUGGAUGCUAAGCCCGUCGACAUUGAAACCGAAAUCAGGAAUCGGGCUCGGGGCAAGAAUUCGGCUCUUCGCAAGUACCUGAGGAAACAACGAUCAAAGAAUGUAAUUGACGAGAAGAGGCUUAAGGUAGAAGAACUGUGGAAGGAGCAGCAACAACAGAGCCAAGAGAAACACCAGGAAAAGACAGCUGAGCUUGGUCCAGCUCUGGGAAGAUUUGCUAGACGUGAGUAG